AAUCCAGAAACUGAAACAAAAGAUGAACAGGAGGCAGCGAAGGGCGUUCAAAUUGUUCAUGUGGAUUCUGGGACUCUGUCUAGCCGGUUAUAUUGCAGGACAACCAUUGUAUUGGCAACUCAACGAGACCCUCAACUCCGUCUCUUCUUCUUGUCCUCCUUGCCACUGUGAUUGCUCUCUUCAACCCCUUCUUUCUCUUCCUGAAGGAUUUAGCAACAACUCCAUUUUAGAUUGCAUGAGGCAAGACCCAGAGGUGAGUCAACAGGUGGAGAACAGUUUUACAAAUCUUUUGUCCGAAGAAGUAAAGCAAAAGGAAGCUGAAGCAGGGGAAAAACAAAGGCUUGCUGAUAUAUUACUUUUAGAGGCUAAGAAAAUAGCAUCACAGUAUCAAAAGGAGGCUGACAAGUGCAAUUCAGGGAUGGAGACAUGUGAGGAGGCUAGGGAAAGAGCUGAAGAAGCACUUGAAAAUCAGAUGAAAGAAACUGCCUUGUGGGAGCUUAGGGCUCGUCAAAGAGGAUGGAAAAGUGCUGCAAUGAAAUCUCGAGCUCGUUUUUAA